AUGCCCGAAUUAGAGCUUCUCGGUGAGAUACAAGCACAUGAGGAACCAGUAUGGGCUGUAUCGACUCAUUCAAGCUUACCCUUAUUAGCUACAUGUUCAAGUGAUAAAACAUCUAAAGUUUAUGAUAUCUCAGACUUGAAUAACAUUCGAGCAGUAACCACGUUAGAUGAACAGACACAUACAAAGACCAUCCGAAGUGUUUCCUUCAAGCCAUCUACUACACGCGAGUAUCCUACCCUGGCAUUGGGGAGCUUUGAUUCAACCUGUUCUGUUUGGGGUGCAGACACACCUGAAAGUGAGUGGGAAUUAUUGGCGGUUAUCGAAGGCCACGAGAAUGAGGUGAAAUGCAUCGAUUGGUCUUUAGAUGGGAAAUAUCUUGCCACUUGCGCAAGAGACAAAACCAUCUGGGUGUGGGAGACAGACGAAAUGAACGAGGAGUUUGAAUGUAUAGCGGUUUUGAGUGAGCAUGAGGGAGACGUCAAAUUUGUUAAAUGGAACAAUAUCAACGGGGAGCAUUCUUUCUUGAGUUGUUCUUAUGAUGACACCCUAAGAAUUUGGAGACAGGAUGACUAUGAUGAGGAUGAAUUCAACUGUGUUGGUAUAAUCAGAUUCGAAUGUACCGUUUGGUCAGCUACAUGGAUCGAUGAAGACACAGUUGCAUGCAGUACCGAUGGGGGACAAGUGUUAAUGUACGAAAGGGCAAGCCAUCCGUCUUCCAGUGACGGAUUGCCAAGUACAGUGAAGAAAGUGGAGGAAUGGAAAAUCAGUCCUUCUUUCAAGGUUGCAAACCAUAACGGCCCAGUCUACAGCAUAGUAAGUAAAAAAGGUGUUUUAGUGAGUGUUGGAAGUGACGGUGUUAUCACCAAGAUGGAGAAGAAGGAAGGAGAAUGGCGUGUUUCUGGCGACAAGAAGCUUGGACACGGAGUAAGGGAGAUCAACGGUGUGGCUAUAACUAACGAAGGUGUCAUUGUCACGUGUGGCGAUGACGGGGUUGUUAGGAUAUGGAGGUAA